UUCUCUCAGCACUCGGCACACGAUCUGGGGAAGAGUGGAGGAGAUGGCAGUGGCUGAGACACAGCUGUACGCAAAAGUGUCCAACAAGCACAGGAGUAAAAGUACCUCUGUACUCCUCGAGUCUCUCCUCGCCAAAGGAUUCCCGGCUCAUAUCGCGCAAAAAGCAUUGGCUGCUACUGGACAAAAAUCAAUAGAAGAUGCUACAAAGUGGUUGCAUUCCCACUGCAACGAUCCCUCUUUGGAUGACCCAAUCCCUCAGGAGUAUGCUCUUUAUUUGUGUCCCAUCGGCCGUUUGCAUAACCACCUGCAAGAGUUUUGGAAGGAGAGCAAGCGCCAGUGUGGGAAAAAUAGGGCCCACGAGACCUUUCCACACAUCACUCUCUGCGAUUUCUUCACGUGUGAAGAUCAGAAAGUGGAAUUAUUGUAUGACACCUUAAAGCGAGUUGGUGACAGCUUUUUGCAGUGCUUUCCACCAUCCAUUUCCCUAGCACUACAUUCAUCCACCAGCUACCUUGGCUUCUUCAUUGGUGAUGGCCAUGCAAAUAUCCUCAAAGAGUUUGCUCUAGCAUUCUCAUCAGAGGCUUCAGCCCUGGCAGAUUGCCAUGUGAAGCCCUGCCUAAAGCAACUCCACCUUACCUUGGCUCACAAGUUUUAUCCUCAUCAUCAGAAGACUUUGGAACAAUUGGCCAAAUGCAUUAACCCAGAGGAGACCUGCCAGUGGGUAGCCACUCUCUACUCACGGGACAUGCGUUUUGUGCAUUACCAGACGCUGAGAGUCCUUUUCCAGUACAAACCCCAGAACAUUGAUGAACUUCUGAUCAACGUGGGGGAUUUCAUCUAUGUCGACCCGACGCAGCAGUCUAACGUGAGUGAAGGCUGGGUGAUUGGGACCUCACAUCAGACUGGAUGCAGGGGAUUUCUUCCUGAAAACUACACUGAGAGGGCCAAUGAGUCAGACACAUGGGUUAAGCACAGGGAAUAUGUUUUUGUAACAGCUCCAAGAUUCUCUACUCAAACUGAAAAUGAACCUAUUGUGAGGCUGAAUGCAGAAAUCUGUAAUCCUAGUUGGUCCGGGAGCGUAACCAAUGUGCUUUCUCUUCAGUUGUCUCAGAAUGUCACCCUGCGAAGAGGCGUGCUGGUGAUGCGCCAUGGGGAAAGAGUUGAUCAGGUUUUUGGCAAAUCUUGGCUUCAACAGUGCUUGACUGCAGAUGGAAAAUACUACAGAGCAGAUCUGAACUUCCCUUCCACCCUGCCGAAGCGGAAAGACAGCAUGAAGCAUUUUGAAUAUGAUCCUCCUUUAUCUUGCUGUGGUAUUUUCCAGUCGAGACUUAUAGGGGAAGCUCUGCUGGAUCAGGAGGUGACAGUCAGCUACAUGUACUCAUCACCUGCGCUCCGCUGCAUACAGACAGCUCAACACAUACUGCAGGGGCUUAAAUUAGGUCAAAAAAUCAAAAUCAGAGUGGAACCAGGACUGUUUGAAUGGACCAAGUGGGAAGCAAACAAAGGAAUUCCCAACUUCAUGACUGUGACAGAACUGGCAGAGGCCUCUUACCAAGUAGACACGAGUUACAGGAGUAACUUCCCUCUGUCUUCUCUGAUGCCAUCAGAAAGUUAUGAAGAAUAUAUAAGCAGAAGCUCUGCAGUUAUAAAACAGAUCAUCGCUGCCUGCCCUAGUAAAGGUAUCAUCCUCAUUGUGGGUCACGGCUCUUCCUUGGCAUCUUUCACCCGACCUCUGAUAGGCCUGCCCGCCAGAGACAGCAACAACUUUGCACAGGUAGUGCGAAAGAUCCCUUCGCUGGGCAUGUGUUUCUGUGAAGAGCUUAAAGAGGAGAACAAAUGGCAGAUGGUCAACCCACCAGUGAAGACAUUAACUCAUGGAGCAAAUGCAGCGUUUAACUGGAGAAAUGGCAUCGUGGAAGAUUAGAAGGUCGGCUCUGCCUUUGCAUUUGUCAAAAACAAGCCAAAGACAGGUUAUGGUUGAACACAGUCCAAUGAUUCAUCGGGAAGACUUACAAGGGGAUGGGGAAUACCCUCUUUGAAUUGUCAAAGCACAGAAAAACACUUCCAAGAUCGGUUGCUGAAUUUUGUUUUUAUUUCAGUAGCUGAGAAGAAAGAACCUAGAAAUCAGCAUGCAAGUGAGAAAUAAUUCUUCUGGUAGUGAAGAAAGUACAUUUUAACCUUUUCUGAGAGUACCAGCAUUUAAUAAAAUAUGGAACUACCUAAGUUCCACUGGUAGAGGCAUUUAAGUAGGC